AUUUCUUACAGUACAGGCAUUUCAUUGUUUUGAACUUCGAACCGCCACUUUCUGCAGAAGUUCUAGUCACAGGUUUCAAUGCUGCUUUUUUCAGCUACCUGGCAGGAAAACUGGGACAAAUGGAAGAUCCGCAUUAUGGUUCUCUGGAGCCUCACAUUGCAAACCAUCCUCAUCUUUCUUGGAAGCAAGAGAAAGCGCAGUAGAAACAUCUUGCUCCGAUUCAUACUUUGGAUAUCCUACAUGUAUGCAGAUUGGCUUGCAACAAUCUCACUCGGCGUCAUUUCAAGCAAAGUAACAGAACAGAACGGUGAUUCUGUUGCGCCAAAGCAAGUCGUUAUGGCUCUCUGGGCCCCACUUCUUCUCCUUCACCUCGGCGGCCCGGACACCAUAACGGCUUAUUCAAUGGAAGACAAUGAGCUGUGGCCAAGGAAAUUGAUAACCUUUGGUUUUCAAGUCAUGGUUGCCAUUUAUAUCCUUAUCAGAGCAUGGACGCCGAACACCGACUUGAAUGUUUUGGCAAUACCAAUAUUAAUCGCUGGUAUUGUCAAAAUUGGGGAGAGAAUUUGGGGUUUAAGAUCAGCAAGCAACCAACGUUUCAAGGAAUCGUUGUUUCCGGAGCCGGAUCCAGGGCCUAACUAUGCGAGAUACAUGGAGUCCUACAUGGCUGCAUCUCGAGAAGGUUUCUCUGUUAACGUAGAAAGCCUAAUUGAAUCUCCCUAUGUCGGUGAUCAAACUCAUGCUGGCACAGAAGGGAACAUUAUUCCGUUACCGGAAACCGACACUUUCGGUGGAGCUCAAGUUGUGACCACUGCUGACAAGUUCUUGAAGACUUUCAAGCGACUUUUCGCUGAUCUCAUUCUCACCGUCCACGACGUGUUGGAAAGCAGACUGUCUUUACAGAAUGCGAAAAGCGAGCAAGUUUUCGAGGUGAUGGAGGUUGAGCUUGGUUUCAUGUAUGAUCUGUUCUACACAAAGGCGAAAGUGGUUUAUUCCUCUAUUGGUGUUUUUUUCCGCUUCUUAACGCUAUCGUGCAGUGUCAGUGUGCUGUGUGCGUUCUAUGUCAUGGAGAAGAGUCCGUAUCCAAAAGCCGAAUUGAUCAUCACAUAUGUGUUGCUGUAUGGAUCUGUCUUCCUAGAAUUGUAUUCAAUAUUUUCUUUAUUGUUCUCAGAUUGGACAAAACUAUUGCUGAGUAAGCACAAGAACAGAGUGGCUUCUCUUUUGAUUUCGGCCGUUUCGAAACUCCAAUUCGGAGAAAACAAGAAGUGGUCAGGGCGAAUUGGCCAGUUUAACCUCAUAAGCUUUUGCUUGAAAGCUAAGAGGGAAAGAUGCGGCGUCCUUUACAAGAUUUCAAGACAUAAAUUCUGCCUCAAGUGUAGAAAUGCUUUCAAAAAUGGUGUGGCCAAGUGUUGUGUUGCUCAAAUGAUUCAAGGUGUUUAUCAAGACUUUCAGAAAUUCACGCAUGACGAUUUUGAGAUUGUAGAUGAUGACCUCAAGAAUAUCAUCUUUCAGCACUUGAGAACAAAAAUUGAACUCGUCGCAAAAGAGAUUAAGGAUGAGAUGAAGGUGGCAAACGAGAUAAAGAAAUUUUGCAACCACAGAGGCGGCCAAGUGCUUCAAACUUUAGAUGAUGAUGAUGAUGUAAGGUGGAGUGUUGAGAAAGAAUUUGACAAGAGCGUUCUUCUUUGGCACAUAGCAACUGAAUUAUGCUACAUUUCAGACACCGGUGAUUUAACCGGGAAACCGAAUUACAAAAAAGCAAGCAAAUUAUUAUCAGAUUAUAUGCUGCAUCUUUUGGUUAUGAGUCCGUUCAUGCUGCCGAAUGGAAUUGGGGAGAUCAGGUUCCAAGACACGUGCGCGGAGGCGAUUGAAUUUUUCAAGGAGAGAAGAUCCAUACAAAACAUGAACAAAGCUUGCAAGAAGCUACUCAAGAUUUGCAAGGAGAGUAAGAAGGUUCCUCCUUCACAGGUAAAAGGAGAUAAAAGCAAGUCAGUGUUUUUCGAAGGGUGUAUGCUGGCAACACUAAUCAGAGAGUUGAAGGAAAAGAAAGAUUGGAGGGAAAACCAGAUGUGGAAGGUAAUUAGUGAAGUGUGGGUUGAAAUGCUGGCUUAUGCUGCUUGCCACUGUAAUGGGAUUCAUCAUGCUCAGCAGCUAAGGCGUGGUGGAGAGCUUCUUACACAUGUUUGGCUUCUUAUGGCACAUCUUGGUAUGACGGAUCAGUUUCAAAUCUCUGAGGGGCAUGGAAGGAAAAAGUUGGUACGCAAGUGAAUGAAGUUUAAGGGAAAGAUCGAGUAACAAAACUGCUA